AUGAUGUUCAAGAAGGGCUCCUUUGAAGUCGGAGGUCGUAUAUAUCCCGUCGCCAUCAAAUAUGACCCGAGAUUUGGUGACCCGUUCUGGAAUAGUAGUAAAAACGGUUAUAUGUAUUAUCUGUUGAUGAUGAUGACCAGUUGGGCCAUCGUUUGUCACGUCUAUUAUUUGCCACCAAUGGUCAAGAAUGAGAACGAAAGUGCUGUAGAUUUUGCGAAACGAGUGAAGGCAGAGAUCGCCAAACGGGGAGGACUUGUGGACCUGGAAUGGGACGGACAGCUCAAGAGAAUGCAAGUGAAGGCCGAGUGGAAGGAACAGCAACAACACGAAUACAGCAAACGUAUUAAGAUUGAGUGA